AUGAUUCUUCUAUCACAUUUUCUGUACAUUUCCGUCUCUGCUCUGAGGAUGGCUCUGAUCAUUGGAUCCUGCGUUAGAAAGGCCACCAACGAUGUUCUUAGGCUUAUAGCUCACCCCAACAUUUUAAUCCUCUGUUCAAGUCCUCAAAUUGCAGGGAGUUUCCAUGGGAUAUGUAAUUUGAAUAAUCAUUUUUCAGAAGGAAAUAGUUUCAGGCUUUGUGGUUUAAAGCAGCUUCACUUACCAUAUAUACUUUGUGAGGUCACUGGUGCCAGUUUGGAGAAUAAGGAAAAGGACUCCUCGAUUUCAUGCCUUGCUGGGACAAGCCUGGCUUAUGACCCAGUCUGA